AAUCGCCCCAGAUCCGAUGAACACCGCCCGUUUUUGCGAUUUCCGCGAAACCAAUUCGUUCGAAGGUUCCCUCCAUAACCUCUCUCUCUCCUCUCUCUCGCAUGGACGAUUCUUCGUUCAUUUCCAACGAAUUGGAUGAGAACGGGUUUCCUUCGUGCUUGGCUGAAGAUGACGGAGAAGGGGGAGAUUCAUGUGAAGAGGUGGACGGAGUUGGAAUCGUCGACGGCAGCGACGGCAAAGGUGAGAGCUUCGCGGGUUCUUUCUACCGGAGCGGCACGGACUGCUCGUCCUUGCUGCAGAAGGAUCCCUCGUUGACAGACACCAGAAAGUCAUCGGGGACGAGACUCGUUCAGGCCGAUCUCUUUAAAAUGUGGGGCCUUAAGCGAGCCGCUGACUCGAAAGCUGGGGCAUCGUUGAUAAAUGGAACCCGGGGUUCGGAUGAUAGGGCCUUGCAGAAGAAUCCGAAGCUCCGUCGUGUAGGAGAGGACAUCGCCACCUCGGGCAAUGUUGCGAAGCGGAACUGCCCAUUUUACAAGAGAAUCGCAGGAACACCUUUCACAGUUGAUGCAUUUCGAUAUGGUAAAAUUGAAGGAUGUACAGGAUAUUUUCUUAGUCACUUCCAUCAUGACCAUUAUGGUGGUUUGAGGAAGGAAUGGUCGCACGGCCCCAUCUAUUGUACACCCAUCACUGCCCGUCUUGUAAAAUCGUGUCUCGCAGUAGAUUCUAUCUUCAUAUGUUCACUGGAGCUGGACACGGAGUACACCAUUGAAGGAAUCAAAGUGACAAUGUUGGAGGCCAAUCAUUGUCCUGGUGCAGCGAUGAUCUACUUUCGCCUUUUGGAUGGACGAUGCUAUCUUCAUACUGGUGAUUUUAGAGCUUGCAGAAGAAUGCAGAGUCAUCCUCUCCUUUCAAGCCAACAUCCUAGUGUACUUUAUCUAGAUACGACUUAUUGCGAUCCUAAAUAUAGAUUUCCAUCCAGAGAAGAUGUUUUGCAUUACACAGUGGAGAUUGCUAAAAGUGGACUCAAGAAACAGCCAAAGACUCUUAUCGUUGUUGGAGCAUACAGCAUUGGGAAGGAGAAUGUUUAUCUUGCCAUCUCUGAAGCGUUGAGUAUCCAAAUAUAUGUUAACGCCUCCAGAAGGAGAAUUCUUCAAUCAUAUGGUUGGGAUGAACUGUCUAAGAGGCUUAGUUCCGAUGGCCAUGAGACACCACUGCAUGUGCUUCCUAUCUCAAUGUUGAGCUUUGAGAGACUCAAGCAAUAUUUGGAUGGCUAUAGGCAAUUCGCAUCAGUUCUGGCAUUUCGUCCUACAGGCUGGACUUACUCCGAAAAGAUCGGUGAGCAGUUGGAUUUAAUUAAGCCAAAGAGCAAAGGCCGGAUCACAAUUUACGGUGUUCCAUACAGCGAACAUUCAAGUUAUUUGGAGCUCAAGGAAUUUGUUCAGUUCUUGCAGCCAGAAAAGAUCAUUCCCACUGUCAAUGUUGGGAAUGCUGCCACUCGUGAUAAGAUGCAGAAAUGUUUCCAGGAUUGGAUGAAGUCGUGAUGAUUGACAGGUUAAAACGGCUUUGUCAUCUUCCCUCUGCAACAUCAAGUCGCAGUUGCUUAUUGUCUUGGCAUUGACUUUUCGAUAAAACGGCUUAUUCAUGAGUCAUCUCUGCCCCUAAGCUAUCCUAAAUGAUCAGGGGCUUGUAUAUCUAUAUGACUUAUCAAUUUACAUCCGGUGCUGAGAUUGGUCUU